CUUCAGAAGAAGAUACCACAGCUAAUCUAGUCGCGCAACUCUCGAUUCCAUAUUUACAAGCCACAAUGCCCACAAAACCUUCAACCGAGCUUGACGCCGCUGUCCUCGCAUACCUUGUCAAGCGGGGCUACACCAAAGCCGUCAAGUCACUUGAAAAAGAAGCAGGUGUCAAGCUUUUGCCAGGCCAGGAAGACAAACUUGAGAAUGCUUGGGCUGCCACUGAUGUAGCUGCCGUUGCUGCCACUUCGGAUGAGGCCGAGGACUCUAGCAGCUCUGAAUCCGAGUCCGAAGACUCUGAUUCUGAUUCUGACUCUGACUCUGACGAUGAGAAGUCAACCAAAGCAGUUGACCCUGCCACCGUCCCUCUUCCCGAGUCAUCCAGCUCUGAAUCUGGAUCGGAUUCUGGUUCCGACUCUGAUUCUAGUUCGUCGUCUUCUGGCUCUUCUUCUAGCAGCUCAACCUUGAAGUCUUCCGGCAAGACGUCGGGAUUCCUGGACAUUGAAGCUGAAGUUUCCAGCGACGAAGAAGUGAGCAGUGAUGAGGAGAGCGAGGACGAAAGCGAAAGCGGUAGCGAGAGUGAUUCAUCCAGUUCAAGCUCUUCUUCUUCCUCCUCUUCUUCUUCUUCCGGCUCCUCUUCUUCUUCCGGCUCCUCUUCUUCUUCCGGCUCCUCUUCUUCCUCCAGCUCCUCCUCUUCAUCUGACUCCUCAUCAUCUUCUAGCAAAUCAAAGUCCGAGUUUAAGGAAGAACAGGAGGCUCGACCUGUCAUCGGCAAGCGCAAGGCUAGAUCUCCUUCUACUUCCUCCUCUUCUUCUUCUUCAUCAUCAUCUUCCUCAUCCGCUUCGGAAUCUUUACCAAAGUCCCCUGCUGUCACUGUUGUGACCACCAAAAAGCGCAAGCUCGAGGACGGGACAGAAACCAUCACAUCCACUGCCACUAUUACUCCAGCCCCUAAAGCAAACAGCAGCAGGGAAACUAGCACUCCCGCGAGCGCCGUCGGAACUCCCGUCGGCGGCAAAGGGAAAAGGGUGCAGGGACAAAGAUUUGAGAGAAUUAAAGCCGACAGUGUUACUUUCCAUGACCCAGGGUUGAUGGACAAUUCUUUCGAGGCUAGGGAACGUACGGGUGCCAAUGCUAACGACUAUGGAGCCAAGGCCUCAAGGGAUUUGAUUGUCACCCGUGGUGCUGGUUUCAGGAAGGAGAAGAACAAGAAGAAGCGUGGUAGCUAUGUCGGUGGAGAAAUCACUCUUCAGACCCAUAGCAUCAAAUUUGAUGACUAACUUCCAACCUAAACCAUCUCUGGGAUCCAUCCCAUCACGCCUGUCUUCUUCGUAGAGUUUUAAGAGUUUUAGCUGUUUGUAUAAUCAUUUUUAUUGAUAUUUUUUCUUCGGCCAUGCAUCAAACUGCAUAGGAA